AUGAAGACUGUGUGUCUUUUGUUGGGGUGUGUGCUUGUUGGCGUUAACGCAAAAAUGCAAAAUAUCACUGUAAAGGGCACUACUAUUUGUAAUAAAAAACGACUAGGUGGUGUUACUGUGGAGCUAUGGGAAAAGGACACACUCGAUCCUAACGAUCUCCUUGCAUCAGUGUCCACAUCCAGUGAAGGCGAAUUCCUUGUGAAAGGAGGCCAGAACGAGUUUGGUUCCAUCGAGCCUUUCAUAAGAGUCAUUCACACCUGCAACGUCAAGAAAUCGAAGUGCAAGAGAGUCUCAGAAUACGAGAUUCCUAAAUCGAAGAUCAACGGUGUCUAUAAUAUGACAUUUGUGACCUUGGACAUCCAUUCAGCUGUAGAUAGUGAAAAAUGUUGA